UGUGUACUGUGACUUUUGUAGUAAGACUGCACAGUAAUAUAUUUUAUGUAAUUAUAUUUAUUUCCCAGUGCUGCAGCAUUCCUAAUAUAUACAAAAUAAUAAGAAAGAAAACGUUAUAUUAUGGCAACCGUUGUCUCGCCUGUUCAUUUUAACCUGGAGGAAACCACAGGGAGAAUAUCCACUUUUGGUACUACUUCUGGAACACCGUGUGUGCCAGAGACUUUAUAUCAUCAGGACGAGUUACCCGAGAGUCCCGACAGAAGCAGCGAGGGGUCUGAAUACUCAGGCUCUGAGGAGGAAGAAGUCUUGGUGGAGGAGGAAGACCUUUUAAAAGAGAAGACAGUCUGUGAUGGCCUAUCUAACCUGGGGCGUUCUGCUACUGGGCUUGAACAGGCCUAUCUUCAUCUGUCGUUACCAAGGCUUAGCUUAGUUGACAUAUCUAUUCUGUGCGAAUAUGUCCAUCUUCAGAAACUGGAACUUCCAUAUAAUAAGAUUAAAGAUUUGUCGUGUGUGAGCCACAUGCCAUAUCUAGUUGAACUUGAUGCAUCUCACAAUGAACUUACUGAAUUCUUUGGAUUCAAAGCACCCAAAAAUCUCAAGGAAGUAGAUUUUUCCUACAACCAUAUGACUGAAAUGAAAGACCUAUCCGCUUACCAGUCUCUGCACAAGUUGAUACUGGAUGACAAUGACAUCAGUGAAAUUCAAGGCUUGGAGAAUUGCAAAUGCCUAACCUGCCUCAGCCUGGCAAAUAACAGGAUCUCAAAUAUUAGUGGACUAAACAACCUGCCUAUUAAAAAGCUUUGUCUGAGGGGCAACCAGAUCCAGAAAAUAUCAAACUUAGAGAACCUUCAAACUUUGCAGACCUUGGACUUGUCCUCUAAUAAAAUCCAGAGUCUGCGCGGACUGGAGAAUCACAAUCUGCUUGAAACCAUUGAUCUUGAGGACAAUCAGAUCCAAGAGAUAAAUGAAGCCACACACAUUCAGGAGCUACCUCUGCUUCGAGUACUAAAUCUGCUGAGGAACCCUGUUCGGGAGCAGCCUGAUUAUCAUCUCUCUGUCCUGUUUAUUCUUCAAAGACUGACUGUCUUGGAUCUAGAGCCUGUGAAAGCUGAAGAAAAGGUGGCAGCAGUGAAUAAAUAUGACCCACCUCCUGAAGUAAUUGCUGCCAAAGAUCACAUGACACAUGUUGUAUAUAAUCUAAGGCAACCACAGAUCAUCUAUCACAGCACCUUACCCAGCCUGGAUGCCCCUUAUCCAAUGCUGGCUCUGACAGGCCCACAGGCUUGUGGAAAACGGGAACUUGCUCACAGACUAUGCCGGGAAUUCAGUAACUUUUUUGCAUAUGGUGCUUGCCACACCACAAGAAGUCCAUAUUUCGGCGAGGUGGAUGGAAGUGAUUAUCACUUUGUCUCUGAGGAGGUGUUUGAGGACAUGAUACGCAUGGGAAAGUUUAUUCAGACCAUGAAAUAUGGUGGUCAUUACUAUGGGCUGACCAGGGAUGCUAUUGAAGUUGUAGCAGGGGAGGGACUGGCAUGCUGUGUUCAUAUGGAGCUAGAGGGUGUGCGCAGUUUAAAAAACACCUGCUUUGAGCCACGCUACAUCCUGCUUAUCCCCAUGGAUAAAGAGGAGUAUUCCAGGCGCCUGAGAAUGAGAGGGCUCUACAGCAAGUCACAAAUUGAGACGGCUGUUUCCAGAGUUGACACCUACAUUAAAAUGAACAGGGAUUUCCCAGGAUUCUUUGAUACUGUUAUUCCAUGUGAUGAUCUUCAAGAUGCUUACAAAAAGCUGAAUCAGUUAGUAAGAGAAUACUUGGGUCUGGGAGAACGGGAAAGAUUUGAAAAUGCAGGAGCCACUGCUGGAGACCAGACAUACACAGAUUCUUCCAGAGAAUCUCCGGUUACAGAUAGAGACAGAUCCUCACCCAGUGGUGUGAAUGUCAGCAAACUUGCUCAGUCUACUGGGGCUAAGGAACUCUUUGACUCUGCCAACAGGAACUAUUCAGCCAGGAUACAGGCUGCACUUCUAGCACCAAGGAGUCCAGUGGAACAGGCUUCAAUUCAGAGAAGACAACAAGCAGCAAAGGAAGCUCUACAGGGGAAGAGCCCCAGUGCGUAUACCCACCUGUUUAAAAGGGGUCCACUCACUGCUCCUGCAUCGUUGGGUCCUCGUCAGCAUCUUCUAGACCCAGCUUCCUACUCCUCGAUGCUUCCAAGCGGCAGCAAUGUUACACAUGAUCGGAGCUUCUCUCCUGACAGCAGUUCAGUGGAAUCUCAUGCCAGUUCAGGCAUGUCACUGCUCUCAUCAGCUGGUGCCUUUUCUUCAGCGAGCAGUUCUGGUGCUAACACCCCAACUAAUGGUCUGAUUAUUGGAGCAGAACCUGCAGUGGAGCCCUUGGAUAUAUCAGGACUGGGACAUGAACUAGACAGUCUGAAAGGUUUGUAG